AGUGUUGAAAACAGAAACGAAAUACGCUCCAACCAAAACAUUCAACUAUUGAACACUUGACGCGAGGGAAACCGUUGUAAGAAAGAUUGAAACUAAUUAUAUUCUUCAACGUAUUGCGUCUGUGCAUGUUUGACUUGGUUUGGUGGAUGGUGGUCCUCUCUGUCAAUUAACUUCCUGGAUAGUCCAAGCUUGUAUUUGUGCGUAAUGAUAGCCUACCCAAACUUAGAAAUCAUUUCACCAUGGCAUUGUGCUCCAGGGUUUGUCAUUUUUGUAUUUUGACUCCACAACAGACUCAAAAUUAUUUCUAGAGUUACCAUUUAUCUCUACAGUAUUUGAGGUAAUAUAACUAUUAGACCACUUUGCAGUCGACAUGGCAUGGUAACCAGCAGGGGGAGAAUGACAGCUUAAGUACGAAUGCAGAGGCAGCCCCAUUCAUAUGCAGUCAGGUGGCCAGAAGUCAAGUUUCAAAAGGCUGCAGACAGCAAUGUCCUGUGAAGACGUUUUAGUUGCUGCGCUGUUUGUGUAUGAAGGGCAACCACUCAAACGGACAGAUGCAGAUUAAAAUGUGGAUGUUCAUUUAUGAUGGAGUAUGGAUGGAUGAUGGAAUAUUGUUUUUAUUGCCUUAACUGUUGAGACUUUGGGUACUGUGUGGGAAAGAUUCAGAAAGGCUCAGAAAGUUUGUCAUGUUUUGUGAGCUUCUUUCCCCCACUUGAAAACGCAUGAACUGUAACCAGGUGCUGCAUCCUGUACCUAAGUGUGGAAAAGUCCUACAAUCAGUGAACUAUGAUCGGUGCGGCCAUUGGGACUGUAUAGAACAUCACAUUAUACAUAUACACUGUAUCCAUUGACAGGAGGUUCUCAAAGCAAGCAUUGACUAUGACAGACCAGCAGCUUUUUGAGGUCUGCCAUAUGACCAAUGGUACGGACGGAGGCUACAUGGCAAGCCAUGGCGCCCCAUUCUCUGGUCUUGGUUACGGGUCAUUGACUCUCAACUCCCUGAAUAGAUCCCCUGCAGCAUCUCCAAACUUCACUCAGGAGGCCCUCAAGUCUCCCAUCACCCCUUGCGACGACCUCUCACCCCUAGUGGACAUGCCGAAAGCCGGCGGUGGUCCUUGGCUCGGCAAUCACCUGGGCAGAAAUACCCCCAACCCAUGGAUGCCCUCUGCUCAGAGUCAGAGCGAGGGAGCAGACAUGAGCAGUCAGGUGAACCAGCAUUCCAGGAUGUACCCCUUCAGUCAUUUCCCACUCAUGAACUCUUCUGACAUGUCCGCCAAGUCGCACGGGUCAGCCCUGCAGAGACUGGACUCGUUCACCCAGGCGUUCCCCAACCAGAACCACCUGGGUAUGGGUCUUCUGCGGAGCAACAGCCUCAGCACGGACAACGGCAGCCCCAGUGGUCUGGAGGACAACAGCCCCAUGUUGCUGUCUCCUCAGGCCGCUUCGCCCAUCGACCAUGCGCUCUACGGGCAGUCGUCGGCAGCACAGCGUUUCAACCAGGUGCUCAUGAACCACCCUGGACAGCCUGUGGACCAUCAGAUCAGCAGCCCACUGCUUGGACGAUCACAGUCACAGUAUGACUACACACCACAGCAACAGGUAGGGCAUUUGUCUGAUGCCCAACAGAUGUACCAUAGCCAACAUGCCUCUCAGCAGCCUAGCCAGGCCUUCUCCAGACCCCGGUACCUCUCCCUCCAGGGGCUCCACCAUCAUUCCCAGCCCUUGGGGUCAUACCUUCACCCCAAUGAGAGGAGGGCGGCCCAGGACACCCACCAUCCCCAUCACCAUCACCCACCUCCCUCGCCACAGCCUUUCUACGGACAGAGCUGCAAGGGCCUGGAGCAGCAGCAGAGCUCCUUCACUAGCCUCUCCUCCCACCAGCCACCCUCUCUCUUCCCAGAGACCCAACCCUACCUGCACCUGCCUCCUCAUCAGAACAGCUUCCAGCUGCCGCAGCCUCAAAUGCUGGCAGACUCCCAUCAUCAUGCUCUGGGCUCCUCCAAGCACCACCACAGGCUGGACAGACAGAACUCUGGGAGUCUGAGUUCUCCUAUAGGACUCUCAUGCAGCAGCCCUCUGGACAGGGUGAGCUCUGUGGACUACAACUCGGCCCAAAGUCAGAGCGAAUCAGGCCUUGGCUGCCUGUCUCACCACGCCACCACCAGCAGCAGCAACAGGAGGGAACUCCAGUUGUCCCACAACUCAUCUGCCAUGCAGUGGCCUCAGAUUGUUGGAGGAACAGGUUUUCUGCAAGAUCCCGUGUCUCCACACUGCAUGCCUCGUAUUGAGAUGGUCCAGAGGAAAGCGUCGGGUGCUAAAUUGAAGUGCUCUGUGUGUCAGCGAGAGUUCAAAAGCUUGCCGGCACUGAAUGGCCACAUGCGCUCCCAUGGAGGCUUCAAAACACAAAUGCCAACACCUAGAAUGAAAGAGGAGCCACAGGAGAUGCAGCCCGAGGGGGCACCAGGUGCUGUGCCAAUGGUCAUGCCAGUGUCUGUGCCAGUAAACAGACGUCCGUCCACGCCCAUCAGGAUGUCUCCUGCUCCACAGCUCUCUGAGAUUGCCAGAGACUCUGAGGACCAGGCUGUGCUGUACCCACAUGCCAUGAGUGGCCCAAGGACCAUGUCCCUAUCGACUUCCAGUCACCUCGCUCCACUUCGAAUCCCUACCCCUGACACCCAAAGAGACUCUGCUGGCGAGGAGGAGGAGGAAGGGGACCAGGAGGGUCCAGACGCGCGGCAGCCGCACGAGAGGAAGCGCUACCAGCACCGCCUGCUACCCCUCUUCAUCCCGUCCCCCAGCCCCUUCCCCGUGGCCAGGGGCGCAGUGCUUUUCCGCAGCCAGCUACGCUCCCCGGGCCCAGAGGGGGGCGCUCCCGUUCCCUACACCCCACCACCCAUGCUCAGCCCUGCCCGGCCAGGCUCGGGACUCUUCAUCAGCGUGUGUGGCAGCGGCGGCGGCGGUGGCGGCGGGGGAGACAAGCUGAGCUCAGGAGAGCUGCUGCUGCUGCAGCCACCACAGGUGCACCUCAGCCUCAAGACUGGGGAUCGGCUGUCACUGAAUGAUGACCAUCAUGGGACGGCUCAUACUGAAACCCCGGCCCAAGGAACACCCAUCCACAUCGAGCCACGCAUCAACAUUGGAGAGCGAUUUCAAGCAGAGAUUCCAGAUUUGUGUGCAAGGUCAGAAGCAGCCAAGGACCCCCUCAGGGCCACUCUAAUGUGGUCCUCUUGGAGCGAUCUGAAACUGCCCUGCGAGCAGCAGAAAGUGGAUGAUUUGCUGAGGCUGGCCUGCUGCAGCGUUCUGCCCGGCGGAGGAACCAACACGGAGCUGGCGCUUCACUGCCUGUUUCAGUGCAAAGGAGAUGUCAUGGCAACAGUGGAGAAGCUCCUGAUGUCUGGUCCGACAACUAGAGUCAUGUCGAAACCUCUGGCUGACUAUCAUUAUGCAGGGUCGGAUAAAUGGACAAUGCAGGAGCGGCGGCAGCUGAACAGGGCGCUGGAGAAACAUCACAAAGACUUCUUCCUGGUGCAGAAAAUGGUGCGGACUAAGACUGUUGCUGAAUGUGUGGAGUUUUAUUAUACGUGGAAGAGAAGGUCUCGCAGCAGCAGACGUCUUAGCGCCAAUCUCAAUAACCCGGGCGUAGAGAAUGAGGUGAACUGGGAGGAGUACAGAAUUGCCUUGUCAAAACCCAACGGCUUGGAGAAGAAGCGUUUGACUGACUUUGCAGACCGCUCAGUGAAGAGUCGGAGGGGAUCACUGAGUUAUGAGGAACUCAGUAAUAUUUCUGCCCCAGAUGGAGACGUCUCUGAGUCCCUGAGUCAGACAGGGCGUCGCUGCAGGCCCUCUGCAGAGAAAGGUCCACCUCAGGCAGGCCAGCGCGCCUCUCCAGCCUCCAUGAAGAGCUCCCCAGCUCACAGCACCACCAGUGGAGACACAGACUUCCCCUGUAGAGAGUGUGGCAAGGUUUUCUUCAAGGUCAAAAGUCGCAACGCUCACAUGAAGACUCAUCGGCCGCAGGAAGCUCAGCUGUGCUGGCCACCAGUGCAGCUCCAGCGCCCUCUGGAGGACAGUCUGGAUAGGACACCGGCCAGCCCUUUCAGAAGAACCCCCCCUCACCUGCUCCUGUUACCUGGCAACCACGUUAGCACAUCUCAGGGUCCCCGGAUUGAGAAUGUAGUAGGCCUCUACAGGGAGGAGGACCAGGCCCUGAAUCCACAUGCCAUACAAAACAAUUCACUUGGCUGAAUGGUGGAUGAUGAAGAAUAACUGUCAAAUUGACAAGUAAAAUGUUUAAAUCACACCAACUUCUCUUGAACAUGUUGAGUUUUUCAGUGUGAAAUUGCACACAAGACUUGUUCACACAUAUACAUUGAUCUGCCAUCAAAUGGUCUCAAUUGAAAGCUCAGUAAAGAACAAAAACCAGCAAGGUCGGCGACUGCGUCUACACUUUUGACCCGUGUAUUGCUUGGUGCGUCCGCUCCCAAAAAGUAGUAAUCGCUUGAGGUAAUGAAAAAAGAGGACUGGAGACAUUGAGAAUGGAUUAGGUCCGAAACGCCUGUUGCGCCAGUUUUAGCCUCUGACUUCUGUUGUAAAUUUUUGGCUACAAUAUACAUUGUUCGCACAAGCCUUGUGUGUGCCUCCUUUUUUCAUUACCUCAAUGGAAAGCUCACCCCUUGUAGAUUUCAUUGCCAUGGAGCACUUAUGUGUUAACGUGUAUUCUUUCCUUUCUUCUGCUGAGUAAUGUUUGAGUUUUUGAGGUAUAAUGCGUGAGCAGUUUUGACAGGGGUCGUUCUGAUAACUUUUUUGAUUUUUUUACAACUAAGUCUAGAGAACACCCAGACUUGCACAGUCAGGGAUUCAGAUAUCAGUGAGACCACACAGUAUGUAGAUUGCAGAUCUAAGCUGCUUUGUUUUGCCACAUGAUCGUAUCUGCUUUUGGUGUAAGUUUGCUGGCUAAUUGUAGCCAGGGCCCAUCUACUGUAUAUAGCCUGUAACAUUUAGUCAGUUUAUCCAAACAGGCUGUUUCCAGCCGUUCUUGUCCCACUGAAAUAAAUGCAAUAGGUAACCAAUUAAACAUAAGCCUAGGCAUCAUGUGAAUAAGUGGUCUCAUUGGCUGUAGUUCUGUCCAACAGUAUCCACCUUAUUAUCCACCAAUUACACAGGUGGUCUCAUUGCAAUUCCAGUUCUGCCCUACAAAGGCAAAGUGCAGUAACUACACCAACAUUGAAAUUGAGAAAAUGCCUUCAACGCUUUGGUAGGCCUAUUAGGUUGGAUAUUGUAGUUACUGCAUAGGAAUAUCUACACUACAAUAUAAUAUUUGACAUAGUAAUAUCUAAAAAGGGAUAUGUUUGGACCAAUAGGCUUUGUCACAAGAUAAAGGAGAUGUAAUGAAGACCAUUUUCAGUCUAAUCUCCAUUUUGACAGUUACGUAGUUACUGCACUUUGCCUUUGUAGGGCAGAGUUGUGCGGUGGCCUUCAAUGGCAGCCAACCAUUAACCAGAACUAGCCAUGGACAUAGCAGACUGGAGACUGUGAGAGUAAGAAAUUAUAUGAAAUGGGCAUGGUGUAAUAAGGUGGAUAUAAAUGCAUUUGAUUGGCCCUGAGGUGGCCAUCCGGUGGGGCACUCGCCUGCCAUGCGCCUGACUCGGGUUCGAUUCCCAGUCCGGGUCCUUUGCCGACCCCUCCCCGUCUCUCUCCCCAUUCGCUUCCUGUCUACCUCUCGCACUGUCCUGUCCAUAAUAAAAUCUAAAAGACCAAAAAAUAUCUUUUAAGAAAUGCAUUUGAUAAUCACCUGUUGAUCCAAUCUCUGAGAUCCUCAUCCUUUGUACGGGUAUCAUUUUGACAAACCAAGUCUACAAUCUUGGUGCGGCCCACACCAGGCUGCGUUGUUGAAUAUGAAAAUAUAAUGUGAACACUGAGGACUGCAUAUUCAAACUUUCUUUUCUAUUUUUGUACAUCCAUUAAACUUUUCCAU